CGUUGCGAGAGUGUUGAGAUACGGCUACGGCAUAAAUUAUCCCACAAAUGCAGGCGCACACGGUCAAGAGCACAGUUCUUUAACGCGGGCCACCGCAGCAGCAGAGAGCGCAGACAGACACGGUUGAGCGGGCUGAGCUUCCAGGUUCGAGUUUCGUGAGAGUGAGUGCCAGGUAGCUCACAGCUGGCGCACUGGAGUCCGUCGAAACCGCGCCAACGCGCGUACGAUCAAUGAAGGGUUUACGCUGGUGCGCAUCGGACGCUGGGUUCGUCGCUUUGUCGUGCGUUGUAUUCUUACGUUCCGUCGUGGUACAGUGCAGUCGUUUAUUUGUGAUGCCGUUUGGCUAUUGGUUUGUUCGUGCGUCAAGUGAUUUGUAAAGUACGUCCCAAGCGACGAACCUACAACGGCAAAGUGUUGUGGUCAGUGUGCUGUAACAGUGUAUUUGAAGAGUGCAAUAAAACACAGCGAAAGGGUGGAGGAAAGCUCAUACUUUCCUCGUUCAAGCCUUGUCUAGUGAUAUCAUCAUCAUCCUCAUCAGCGGUGUAAUUUUUUCUUCACUAUUACAAGUAACUUCAAUGCCUCCCAAGAGCGAGGCACGCACUGUUCGUGCUUAACGAGAAAUUUACGCAGACGAGUGUAAGUGCCAGCAGCAGCAAUAACGUGAAGAAGCAAAAAACACAAAGUGUGCGGGUGCUUUAAUUUAUACGCACCGACCGGUUGUUGUUGUGUGACGUGUAGUUGUUGGGGCGAGGGUCGCCUUCGCACCGUAUCGCCUCAUUCUGAACGGACACUUCCGUGACUUAUGGGAAUUAAGUAAUUAAAAAAUUUCGCCUCAUCAUCAUUAUUGCCACCUCGGCCACCGCUUCGUGUUUGGUGCUUCGAUUCUGCGACCUCGACGUCAUCAAUCAUCGCGCGCACAGUUUUGGUACGGUGAUGCUCCGUGUCGGUGUGUUUUAACGCGUGUGCUGUUGUUGUUUUCUUGGUUUAAGAGGUUCCGCAAACAUAACCGAUGGGAUUAAGCCAGUGCCUUCGUAUGUGAAAGUGUACCGAGUGAGUGAGGCUUCGCGUUUUUUUUUGUUCGGUGCCUGAGUGUGUCCAAUUCCGAUGCUGUAUGCGAUCGAAGACAUAAUUUGGAGAGUUUAAGCCUUUUUUUGAUGUUGGUCGGUGCGCUGUUGGAUGCUGUUUUGUCCGGCUGCCGUUUCUCGGAAAGUGAUCCAAACCUUCACACUUCCUCGCGCGCGCUCGCGCAUCAUCAUUAGCGUACCGGUGCGGUAGAAGCUGCUCAUAAAUUAACCAUCCCCUGGCAGUGGCUGUCGAGCCGAGAAGGAAAGGAGCAAAAAGUCUAGCCGGCGAGAGAAAGAGACCGAAAAAAAAGCAAAACUAACAAAGCUUCCAGUGUUGAGCCUACGGACGGAUACGGAUGAUUUGAUCGUGCGUUGGGCCAAGCGGAUCAUGCUGAUCGCCGGGUGGUCGUUGCAGUGCAUCGCUUAAUCAUGAACGGUAGCAGCGUCGCCGUGGUGGACCACCGUCCCAAGGGGCUUACCGGGACGGCUGCAGCACGGCAUCCGACGGCAGCGAUCGCUUCCUCCUCGAACUGGGCGACCAGCGGCGGUGGGUAUAAGCCCACCCGACCGUCUCCGAUCGGACAGGCGGCAAGCUUACCGCGCCGUUCGAAACAGGAUGCUGCCGAGGAGGAGCGCAACGAGAGCGAAGAUGAUGAUAGUGGCUCGGUGCACAGCGAGGGCAACGAAUCUUCGUCUGGCACGGUGAGCGACUUCUCGGUGGACGAGAUACCGGUGUGGAUCAAGGGCGAGCAGCGGUGGAUAUCGGGCGUGUCCGACGACACUACCUGUGGCGAUCUGAUAGAGGUGCUGGUACAGCAGGAGCAGGGCGCUGGCGCGGCGACAGCGUCCCCCGACGUGAAGGACUACUGCAUUACCGAGCGUUGGCGACAGGUGGAGCAGGUCCUGGACAAUGGGACGAAGAUUUGGCAAAUCUGGACGGCAUGGGGAAAGGCGCAACCGGAGGUGAAAUUUAUUCUGCGCCGCGUGGACGGUUCCCAUGGAGCGAGCGGGGCGAGCAGCGGUGCAGCGACAUCGACGGCCACCGGCACACCGCACGGCACGGUCGAGCGUGAUCGUGACAGCGGUCGCGGAAGUCCUACGGGCAGUAUCAACAGUGCAAUAGUGCGUCGCAAGCGGCACCGGGCCCAGAAGUCGACCUUCGCCUGGAUGACGCACGGCCAGACCAUCCAUCCGAAGUCGUCCAAAACGUCGAUCGAGCGGCUGAUGAAGCUGAUCCUCGAGCAGGGUGACAUCAUCCAGCAGCAGCUGUCGAAGCUGCGCGAUCGCGAGAUGCAGAUCAACAUGAUCGAGGAGGAGCGGCACCGGCUGCGGGAGCGGGAGCACGGCAAAAACUAUCUCCUGGAGACGUACCUGAAGGGGUUGACGGAGGCAACCGAGACCGAUCCUAAUGCGAUCGAUAGCGGUAUUACGUCGGAGGCAACGACGACGGCUUCGCCGGAGAUGGAUUUUGCCCCCGAGCACGACUCGGACAACAAUGCAUCGGGCGGCGCGGAAGCGUCGGUGCGGGAGCAGAUCAAACUGCUCGAAAAGAUCGUCUCGCUUAACAAACAGAUCCAGCGUGAGGAAGAGUCGGCGGUGAAGCUGUACCAGAAGGUUCGUCACUAUCAGCUUGAGGAUCCGCCCGACGAAGCAAAGAUCCAGGUGGAAGAAGCGCUGGCCAAGCUGAACACCUCCAUCGAUCAGGAUACGCACGAGCUGCAGCUGAUCGACGAAAGCCUGCGUCAGUCGGAUGCGAUGCUUCGGGAGAAGAACGAACUGCUCCGAAGUCUUGCGGAAGAGCUGAACCAUCAGGAAGCGGCCGAUGCCAAAGUGAUCAUGGACUUCUCGCAACCCACCCCCGUAAUGAGGGUUGAUCGAGGACCGAGUGAAGUUGAUGGUCAUCCGAACGCAAUGGCACAUCCUUCACAUCCACCGUACGUACCGUACGGUCCUACGAAACCGCAGCACAACUAUCCCCUCUACCCGAUAGCGGAGAUCCCUUCAAAACCUGCUCCAAUCCCGGUUGGACCGGGAGAACCGGCCAAGAUUGUUAUAGCGAGCAGCACACUGCCCCGGAACUUCCAGCGCCCAGCCCUGGCGGCUCCGGUGGGUGGUAUGAGCGGGCUGGCCGUACCGCCGGACGCCAUUUCCGUCCAUCAGAUCAACAAGUUCAUCCAGUGUAGCAACAAUCUGGGCACGAACUGUAACACCAGCAUCGAUGACAAGGUGUGCCCCAAGCAGCUGUUCCAUUCGGCCGUUUCCUCCGUCGAGGGUCAGGGCACGGUGAAGGCACUGACAGAGGACUUCGCCAACAUGGGAACGCUGGUGUGAGGCGGUGGAAAAUGGAGAAGCAGCACAAUUUUCGCAACCAAAUCGAACGAAACCGAAGAAUAGGCAUCGCACUGUAGAUAGGACCUUGGAGGUUGGUAGAACGCU